AUGGCCACGAGCGAAAAGAAAAAAGAGGCGUUCCGGGCGACCUUGACCACCGUCCUGGAGCGCCGCCUGUUCUUCAUCCCCUCCUUCAAGAUCUACGGCGGUGUGAAGGGGCUGUACGACUUUGGUCCGCCGGGCUGUGCCAUCAAGCAGAACAUCACGCGGUUCUGGAGGGAGCACUUCGUCCUGGAGGAAGCCAUGCUGGAGGUGGAGUGCCCAGCGGUGACGCCCGAGGUGGUGCUGCAGGCGUCUGGCCACGUGGAGCGUUUCACAGACUUCAUGGUCACAGACAUGAAAACAGGUGAAUGUUACCGCGCGGAUCACUUGCUAGAAGCCGCCCUGGAGGCGUUGCUGGAUGACCCUAAGUCGACACUCUCUGAAGAGGAGCGCAAGGAAGUUGCUGACACCCUGGCUUCUGUUGAGGAGUUGGACUGUGAGGCCCUUGGGGCUACCAUGACUAAAUACGGAGUGAAGGCGCCCGAUACCAAGAAUGACAUUUCAGCGCCGUUCCCAUUCAAUUUGAUGUUCAAAACAUCCAUCGGACCAAAAGGGGACAUGGUUGGGUACUUGAGGCCUGAGACUGCGCAAAACAUUUUUGUGAAUUUCAGGGACCUCCUAUACUACAAUGGUGGGAAGCUCCCAUUUGCAGCAGCUCAAAUAGGACAGUCCUUCCGGAACGAGAUCUCCCCUCGGGCGGGCCUCCUGCGGGUACGAGAAUUCACACAGGCUGAGAUCGAGCACUUCCUUAAUCCCAGCGACAAAAACCAUCCCAAGUUCAGCAACAUCAAGGACCUCACCGCUCCGCUGUUCUCCCGGGAGCUGCAGAAAUCGGAAGAGAAGGCGCCCAAAGAGAUGAGCUUUGGCGACGCCGUGGCGCAGAAGAUGAUAGCCAACGAGACCCUGGCAUAUUUCAUGGCUCGGACGUUCCUGUUCAUGCAGAACAUCGGCAUCGACACGAGCAGGUUGCGGUUCAGACAGCACUUGGAGCACGAGAUGGCACACUAUGCAGAAGACUGCUGGGACUGCGAGCUGCACAGCAGCUACGGCUGGGUGGAGUGCGUGGGCCUGGCAGACCGCUCCGCCUUUGACUUGCGUGCGCACUCAGCCAAAAGCAAGACUGACCUUGUGGCCCAUGAGAAGUUCUCUGAGCCAAGGAUGGAGGAGGUACUGGAAGUGAAGCCCAACAGGAAGGAGCUGGGUGUGAAGUUCAAGACAGCCAUGAAGGCGAUCGUGGAACAGCUGGCUGCAAUGUGCGAAGAAGACUCGAUGGCUGUGAAGGCUAAAUUUGAUGCUGGUGAGACUGCAUCAAUAACAGCUGAUGGCAGUGAAUAUGAGUUGACAGCAUCCAUGGUGGAGAUCAAGAGGACCAUGAAGAAGGUCAGUGGCCGGACCUUCACCCCGUCUGUCAUCGAGCCUUCCUUUGGCAUCGGAAGGAUUAUCUACUGCCUUCUGGAGCAUGCUUUCUACUCCCGAGAGGGCGAGGGCAAUGAGGCGCGCACCGUGUUCCGCUUCAAGCCCCUCGUUGCACCCGUCAAGGCCACCGUCUUCUCCCUCAUGCAGCGCGAUGAGCUCAACGACGCCGCCCGCGCCCUCUCGGCCGCCCUCACCGCCGCGCGCAUCGCCAACAUCGUCGACACGGGCUCCACCACCGUGGGCAAGCGCUACGCGCGCACCGACGAGAUCGGCGUGCCCUUCGCGGUCACGGUCGACUUCGCGACGCUGCAGGACGGCACGGUGACGCUGCGGGAGCGGGACAGCAUGGUGCAGGUGCGCCUGCCGUCGGAUGAGGUGCCGGAGGUGAUCGGGGGGCUGGUGCGGGAGGCCACGUCGUGGGAGCAGGUGGUGGAGAGGUACCCGGAGCAGGCGGCCGCGGGGGAGGGGAGCUGA